GUUUCUUGUUUAUUUUGAUAUUAUAUAAAAUAUGUUUUGAGAUUUUAAUUUUAUGGAGAAAAUAACAUGGAGACUAAUUAUAGCAGAAAUAAUUAUCUUCAUCGUCAAAUAUCGUAUACAUUCUAAGAUCUAAACGAUUGGAAAAUAUGGGGAAGUCCUGCUGUGUUGUGGGAUGUGUUGCUAAGGAUGUCACAUACUUUAGGUUCCCCAAUAGCCGUACUCGCUGCAAGAGGUGGAUGGAGGCGAUCAAACUGGCCUCCAAACCCUCGGACAAAUCCAUGGUGUGCAGCGCUCACUUUCACCCGGACGACUAUAAUUUUGUCAGGGGAAAGGUCCGGUUAAAGCCUAAGGUAGUGCCUUGCGUGUUUAAGAGUGAACAACCAAAAACAAAACAAGCAAACUUUCGUCCCUGUGACAAUAUCAAUAACAGUGAUGGUCCGGAGCACAGAACACAGUGUGACAGUUUUGAUGAUGCCGUCUCAAAUAACAAGGGUGAUACUGCGUCUAAUAAAAAGAAAAAAAAGAAAGAGAAGCAAACAAACAGAACAGCAAAGGAUGUUAAGACAUGUACAAGAAAAACGAAAUUGUCCGAGAGUGUCACUGAAACGGUGAAACCCAGUUUGAACCCCGACGUGACAAUAACAGAAAAGGACGAUAUCGAAGAUAUACUAACAUAUUUCAACAUAAAGCAGAACAAGCAGGUCGUCGAACGACAAAACGCAGAAUUACAGGAGGACAAGAACAGACAGCAGAGUGCGAGAGCAAUCGGAGAAAAAAGGGAUGACAACUGUGUGAUUGAUUUGGCUUCGAUUGAGACGGAGGCCAAACCUGUGUUUAUAGAGAUAGCUACGGAUCAAGAGCAACCGAACGGCACGGGUUCCGGGAGUGAUUGUCUGAUGGUACUCGAAAGUGUCCAAGUGGAUUUGGACCCCAAUGAACUGAUGCUGCCGGAGAAGGGGGUAGAAAUUGAAGAGGACGAAGAGGACGUGAUUGUGAUAUGUGAUAAGCCCGAUGACCCGAUCAGCCUGCUCACCUCGAGCGACGAAGACGACGUGAUAAUCCAGGAGCCCCGCAUCGAAACCGUCGAGGUGUCCGACGAAACUGACGAGGACGAUGUGCCUCUAGUCAAGCUGAUAAAGACCAAAUCCAAAAAGAAGAAGAAGAAACGCCUAAACCCGUUCUCCAGAAAGAACACUUGGGGCGAUUACCUUUACAAUUGCAUGGAUUGCCAGUACAGAAGCGACAGCAAACUGGAGUAUGAGGAGCAUGUUACAACGCACUCCACUUUGAUUUACAUGUGCCACAUUUGUGAAUACAUCACGGCCAGCAAGGUACUGUUCAAUAAUCACCAGAAGAAGCACAAAGAAGACAAGCGUUACGAGUGCCACCUCUGCGGAUACAAGGCCAGGCACAAAUUGAGCCUGACCUACCACAUGAAGUCGCACAACAGUGUUAGUGAUGGUGUUGAAAGUGACAGUAAAAUUCCCAAAAGUGACAGUGACAGUACGAAACGGAGAGGGUCGAGGCGUAAGAAGCCUAAGUGAUGUGUUUGUUGUUGUUUGGUAACUCGACCAAGUGGAAAUCGAACCUAAUAAGACACAAUAGUACCGUGCACAAAAUAAGCAACUUUUCAAUAUGGGGUAUGUAAUUGAGUUUGGUAAUAAACUUAUUUUGAGGGUACUUUUUUGAGUACUUAUCCGUCAAUGUUGAUGGUCGGAGGACAAUAUUUUAAAACAAUAUUAUUUUCUACGGCUCCGCAUCUAAGCAUGUAGUUUGCAUGUGCGUAUAUUAUAUUUGUGAGGUUAAAUAUAUAUAGUCGUUAAGUAAUGGCGGUUCACAGCUAUGGAAUGUUACACGUUCAUUCCACCUUUAAUGUGAAUUGCAUUAUUGAUAUAAGGUGUGUGAGGGUAAUAUGGUUACCUUAAGAUUUGUCGCCCCUUAAAACCAAAACUAGGAGGACAGAGACAAUAACACAAAAUCAUAUACUGUAAUGUAUACGUGGUAGAGCUACGCUGCAGCUAUAUUAGUAGUAUAGUUGUAGCACGAAUGGGUUGACUCGACCAGGGAAGGACCACGCUCUCACAGAAUACCAGCGUAAAAUAGCAGCUUAGCGCUGCUGUGUUUCGUCUGGUGAGUGUAGAGAACCGGAGACCAUUUUUACUGGAAGCGAGGCAUUUUAGUCCUCACGGGUGACAACGCAUCUGAAUUUUGAUUAUUUUUCGAGGAUAGAUGUAGAUGUCUAUGGGUCACAGUAUCCACUUACAUCAUCACAGUAACAUCCAUACCUAUUCAGACGAAUUCCAAGGCUAAAUAGGAUUCCUGACACCUGAUUGAACUUGAAUACAGGCAGAAUACAUUAGCUGUUGCAUUAAAAAAGUUAAAUUCUGUGUUUGCAUUUAGUGCAAUUCUAUUGUAAGUUUUUGUAAUAUAUAAAAAUAAAUUGCUGUCUGUUAAGUGUCACUAAAACUCGAAAACGGCUUUUCGAGAGUGGGUGAGUGGGUCCCUGGAUGGUUUAGAUUCACAAUUGGACCCGGUAGGUGGCGCUACUGUCGAGAUACAGAAAACGCCCGUGUGAAGCCGGUGUUUUUUGUAAUAUUUAGUAAUUUCUAUGUGUUUUUGUAAUAUUGAAGCGCUGGUCGCAUUAAUCUAUGUAAAUACUGUGUAACUUAAUUAACCAGUAAAUAAUACUUGAUUA